AUGGACUUCAACGACGAACUAGAAGGCACAGGAUACGGUCGACCAGCCUCAUCGCGCUCAAACAGCCGACCACCUCAGCGAGCACGGUUCCAAGCGCCGCAGGAAACCGUCAAGCAGUUCUGGGAACAGUUCAACACCAAGUACCCAGGCCGGGUGUACACGGUGCUGCCGGACAACCCGUAUGCGCGGACGCGGGCGCAGAAUGUGCCCACCGGGGUGAUCAGGGGCCAGGAGGCCGUGAAGUCGUAUGAGCAGGCGCGGCGCGAGUGCGUGCGGUCUGUCGAGCGGAUUGUCAAGGAGUGCGAGCGGCUGAAUCAGAAAUAUACGGAUCCGCAUUUUGAUAUCGAGGUUGAUCUUAAGUCCGGGAGGAGGAAUUAUCUUGAUGGGCUGGGGAAGAAGAAUGAUGCUAUGAGGCCACGGGGCGUUAAGCGGGUGACGGUUUGUGAAAUGGUGUUUCUUGUGCUAAGGAAUGGCGAUGCUGACUGA